AUGGAGAUUAUGAAGUCCCUAUCCUCGUACGGCGGCGGCCCGCUGAUCGUGCGCGUCGGCGGCGGCAGCACGGACUACCAGAUGACCGUGCCCCCGAAGUACGUGUGGGAGUCGCUCAACAAGCUGCACGCCGCGACGGGCGCGAAGUUCAUACUCGGGCUCAACCUCGAGGGGGGCGACCCCGAGCUGUCCAAGAAGCAGAUGCAGGCCGCAGAGGAGAACAUGACGGCCGGCAGCAUCCUGACCUUUGAGAUCGGCAACGAGCCCAACUUCUAUACCAACAAGAACGGGAAGAGCGGCAACGACUACAUCGGCUGCUGCUUCGUCAACGAUUGGAAUACUCACGCAAUCUACAUGUCUUGCCCCGACCAUAAAAACCCCAAUGACCCAGCCUGCCGGCGCAACCAGUUUGCUGGGCCGGCGUGGGGCCACGUCAACAUGUACCCGUCCACCUUGGAUUGGUUCCUGAAGUCCGCCGGGCAAAAGUGGCUCAACCUGACCACAGUCCACUGGUACAAGGCAACCAGGGAGACCUACAACACGGCGUCCACCCUGCUGGACGAAGAGCCAAUCAAGAAAGAGAUGGCAAACCUGAGGGAGCUGGUCAAGAUCAGCAACAAGUGGGGCAAGCCGCUGCGCGUCGCAGAGAUGAACACGAUCAGCAACAGCGGCCGCGACGGCGUCAGCAACGUCUUCGCCGCGGCGCUGUGGACGCUGGACGGCUGCUUCGAGGUGGCUGCCACGGGGGCGGUCGGUGUGAAUCUGCACCAGGGCGCUGGGCAGAACCUGUACACCGCCAUCGUCCGCUGGUACCAAGACGAGGGGCUCGGCCCCGUCAUCCUCCGGCCUGCGUUCUACGCGAUCAUGCUCUUCAAGCAGGCCGUCCGUGCCCGCAGCCGCAUGCUGCCCGCCGCCGUCGCGUCGGGGCCGGGCGAGGGCCUGAAGGUGUGGCCGCUGUGGGAUGAGGCGGAAAAAGAGCUCCGCAUCGUCGUCAUCAACAAGCGGGCCAACGAGGCGAUUGACGCCGUAUUGCGGAUCGCCAAGCCGGGCGGCUACGGCGCCGCCUCGGUCGCCCGGCUCGUCGCGGCGGGCGACGCGCCGCUGCAGGCCAAGGGGGGCGUUUCGAUCGGCGGGAUCACGUACGGCCUGGGCGGGAAGCUGCAGGGGACGCCCGCAAUCGAGACGGUGGCGCGGAGCGCUAGCGACGGCAAGCUCGCGUGGAAGAUUUACAUGAGCCCGGGCAGCGCGGCGCUGGUGACAAUCAAGCGCCUGUGGUGA